AGCUCAAGGAGUCUUAGGGCCCGCCAUCACAAUUCAAAGGGGACGCAGCCAGUGCUGGAGCCCGCAGCAGCAGUAGCAGCAUUGCGGCAGGUCUGAGGGCAAAGGUCGACUGCUAGGACAGCGGGAAAGACGACAAGAUGAUCUGUCCGCACUGCAAUUCGUCCAACAUCGAUUACCAGGAUGCAUCGGCAGCCUGCAUCGAUUGUGGCAUAGUGCUCGAGGAGUCGAGAAUUGUCAGCGAUGUCACUUUCGCAGAGAACAGUGCGGGUGGGGCCGUUGUGCAGGGAAGUUACGUCGGAAAUGAUCAGAGAGGAGCAAGGACACAGGGCCCGGGAGGAUUCCGAAGCAGCGGCGCGGGCGAGUCAAGGGAAAUGACAAUUGCCGUCGCGCGGAGUGCAAUGCGAGCCAUUGGUACGGCCAAGCGGGUGCCCAUGAACACUAUCGAGCGGGCCGGUCGCAUGUUCUCGCUCGCACUUGAAGGCGGCACCUACAAGCAGGACGGCAGCGAGCCAAAGAACUUUGUCCUGGGCCGAAAGCAGGAGUACACACAGGCCAGCUGCCUCUACCUGGCCUGCAGACUCGACAAGACGAAUCACAUGCUUAUCGACUUCGCCGAUGCCAUCGGAGUCAAUGUCUUUAUUCUCGGAAGGUCCUACUUGAGACUGGUCCGUUGCCUGGGCUUGACGAUUCCCGUCAUUGACCCGUCCAUCUUCAUCUCUCGCUUCGCCUCGCUCCUCGAAUUCGGCGAUGAGACGCAGCGUGUGGCCACGGAUGCCACCCGUCUUGUUGCACGGUUCAACAAAGACUGGAUUACCCAAGGACGCCGCCCUGCGGGCAUCUGUGGUGCCUGCCUGCUGCUCGCCGCGCGGAUGAAUCAUUUCCGGAGAUCGAUUGCAGAGAUUGUCCAGGUUGUCAAGAUUGCAGACGUUACGCUUCGCAAGCGCCUCGAGGACUUUAAGCAGACUCCGUCAGGAAAGCUGACAAUCGACGAUUUCCGAAAUAUCUGGCUCGAAGAGGAGAAUGAGCCGCCUGCCUACUAUCUGGCUAGAUUGCCGAAGAAGGAAGAGGAUGACAGAAAGAGGGCCAAGGGAAAAGGGAAGAUGAAUGAAGAAACAAAGGCCAGAAGGGACAAGGCUAGAAAGAGGGCCAAAUUUCUUGCCGGAAAGGGACGGGGGGAGGGCAACGUACGACCAGACGACGAAGAGCAAGAGGACGUGGAUGACGAAGCGAACGAUGCCGAUGAAGACGACGAGGACGGAGACGCCGCAGAUGAGGACGAAAAGCGAAGGCAGAGAAGACUAAAACUCAAAGAGGGAGACGAGGCGUUGAUGUUGGAUCCACGGCUCGAGGCGCUGGCGGACGAGGCGACCGAAGAAGAGAUCGCAAGGGCUUUGCAAGAAGAGGCAGCUCGCAGGUUGGACGCUGAUUUGACAGAGGAAGAGAGAGCACGGGUCGAGCGCGCAAAGGCUGGGCUCGUCGGCGAUACCCCGUCGUCGAGUCGGCCGAGGCCAGACUUGGAAGAGCAGAAGAGCAUAUUGCAGCAGGCGGCUGCUGCUCCUGCUCUCAAGUCUUCCCAACCCGGUCCAAGCACUCUAGACCACGAGGACCCAUCUACAAUGCCACGCACCUCGCCUCUGACACGGCCAAUCAAGGAGCCGACGCCGACGCCACCGCCACCGCAGGGCAGCGAAGCGGGAGCUGCUGCCGCAGAAGAAGACGCGCUGCUCGGAUUAGAUGAAGCAGAACUCGACGCAUUCAUCCUGACAGAGGAAGAGGCAAAGAUCAAGGAGCGCGUCUGGGUCGAAUUCAACCGCGACUACCUCGAGAAGUCGCUGGAGAAGCAGCUCAAGCUCGAGGCAGACAUCAAGAAUGGCAUCGUCCCAAAGAGCGGCUCGAGACGAUCCGGCUCUGCAGUCAAGAGGAGCAACAGCGCCAAGCCCGGUGCAACGGGCAGUCGAGGCUCGGCGGCGGCCGAGAAUGCCAAGAUGAUGAUGAGCCGAAAGAAGAACUUUAGCAGGAAGCUCAACUACGACGUCAUCAACAGCCUCUUUGACGAUGAUGUCAAGAAGCAGCCAGGCAAGGGAGAGGACAAGAAGAGGAAGAGGAGGUCAGGCAGGGAGACGGAGGACGAGAGCGAGGGUGGUAGAGCGACAACGGACGGAGAAGGAGAGGCCGAGACGGAGGGCGAAGGCGAAUUGACAGAGGCCGAAAGCGUUCCCGAGUGGAAGCGGCAGAUGAACACUCUCAUGGGCAACGUCGAGGAGGAACAAUACGGCGAUGACUACGACGAGUACUGAAGAUAUCCGUGUACGCUCUUUGUAAAGUAUCACUACCUUUCCAGGUAUGUCCUUCUCUUCCUCGCACACACACACAUGUACUUUUGUCGGCAGCAGAUUUAUC